UCGAACUGUUUCCGUUUUCUCUUCAGUCUCGUGCGACGUCAACUAGUACUCGACUGGUUCCCCUCGAAGGAGGGCUAAUACUCUCCUUCUCCCGGAGAGCUCUGCAGUUGUUUCCUGCCCGUGGCAGAAAGCAGCUGUGGAACGGUCUCUUUGCGAGCGUCUCGCAAAGCGUCCGGUUGCCUCUAGCUACACCUAAUUCGCCCUACACUGCGCUCUACUAGCCCAUUAAUCUCGCCUUGAGGUUCCGCCACGAUUAUCCAGUGGACUUUCUACUGAGCCGUUACACCGACUUCUUUGCUCGUGGAUCUGCAGGGCGCAUAUCCACUCCUUCCCUCAGGAUGGCCUUUGGGGGCUCUUCUUCCCCAACUCGUCUCUCUUCUCCACCUGAUGCAAGACCCAUCCAUUUUGAAGAAGAGAUUGUCGUCGAGUCGGUGGAGGCUGAAGCGAUGCAGGGCGUUGAGGAUGUGGCAGGGGUCUACAAAGGCCAGGAGGGGACAUUGGAUCAAGGGCACAUCGAUAACUUUAUUGCUUUCGGCGGUGCGGAUGCCUCUGCAGACCAAGUCACACCGGCGAGUCAUAUUGUGGAAACCGCUGCACGGUACUCAGCACCGACAUCUGCACUCUCUGAACGGCCACAAUACGCUCAGCACGUGCUCUCCGCAGGGUGUGAAGGCCUUGAAUCCGCUUGCUCGCCUACUUCUGGCCAAACUGUUCCAGCUCCCCAUGUGGACCAUUCUGCGGACGCCUCCGCGCUGCAGACUCCGGGUCCUGUACACCCUGCGUUGGCCACCAACGAUGCACCGACUCCUCCUCCUUCCGAAUCAGCCCUCUCAUUCCAUUGGCUUGAUUCUCUCGUGGAGGACAAUGUCACAGACCAGGCGCUGCCCGUACUGGAACGGACUGCGGAGGACUCUGCACCUUCGCUAUUCGAUAUCGUGGGGUCUUCCCGAGCUCUAAUGCUCGGAACAAUUGGGAAACUUGUUCUCAAAUCCCACAUUGAUCGCAUUCUUGAUAGCAUCCGCGUUGCCGGCGAGGAGACUGGCCUUAGUCCAUCCCAGAUUCUUCACAACAUAUCGAAUUCUUCCAAGCUUCCCGAACUCCGUACAAUUGACAACUGGAACACUUCUGGGCGCAUGUACAAGCGCUAUCCCUGGUAUCACUUUUGCAAGGCUUUCCCCGACGAUCCAUGCCCAGCAGAACCCCUGAAUGACUUGGCUACUUUUCGCGCCUACUACGAUACUUUCAAAGAAAACCAGAAGGGGGAGGAGGCUCUGCAGACGUCUCGAGUCUUGGAGGCUCAAAUGCUGGAACAGACGAAAGUAGAACGUCGCAAGAUCUUUCAGAAAGCUGAAAAGGUCGCAAACAAUGUGUCCGAAGCUUGCCAUCGGAUGUAUCACAUUGAAGGGCAAGAUUAUCUUUGCGACUCCGUGAUCAACGAGGAUGGAAGCCUAGGCGCAUCGGUCUCUUCUAGGGGCUUCAAGCAAUACCCAAUCACGGAAGGACUGAGGACUUUGACCCUGGAUGAGCUGCACCAUCUGGAUGAGGACGGCAUGCCAGCAGCAGCACGCUCAUCAGCGUAUGCACUCCUUGAGACUUCUGGCACACAGAUGAUGAGCUCUUCCGGAGGUCCUCCCGAUGCUUUGGUCAGUCUUCUUGCUGAUGCCUCUGCCAAUCCACUUGCGAAUGGUGCAGCCAAUCCUGCUGGUGCAUCCGCUGUGGCUUCUUUGUCUACAGUGCACCAAUUGACGCUACCUGCCCCGGGAUUGAUGCCCCUGCCUGCGUUGCCCACUGUCAAGGCCUGGAAUCCCAAUUUAGUCAAUCAAACUCGGAGUGCCUUGAUUUCUGGUCAUCGUCAUCUGGUCAUCAGCAACAUUCGCACCUGCGCCACAAUUGACAUUGGGAGCGAACCUUUAAGACGGCAGUGUAACAAUUUUCCAUGGGCGGAAGCAGGUGCUCGCUUCCUCAGCUGUCAUUGCCUGCUCAGCGGGCACCCUGCUGCGGUCCGACUUCCAGCGGAGGUCAAGUUGAGGAGAAUGGGUGCUAAGGGCUCGGGGGAUUGGGACGAUGGUAGUCUUGGGGAAUUUGACCUCGCAUUCAAGGCAAGAGGGCGGACACCCAAUGGUCAAUGGAAUGGAAAUGGUCUGGGCUUCCGAAGGCAGGAUGUUGUACCCGGCAGCUUCGUCAUCUUCACUCAUGACUAUCGUUUUGGUCCCAGUGACCCAUUGGACCCCGAGGCGGUUCGUAGACACUUUGCAUCUUCUGGGGGAGAAUUUCUGCCUGCUGAGACCACGAAUGGUGAGGUAUGGCUGGUCAACUAUGACUUCGAUCUCCCAAAUCCGAUCAUUGCCAAGAAGGAGCUCAUAGAGGACAGCAUGAAGGUCUUCCGCGGCCAGGUUAGCCACGGCCCAAAAAAGACAAAGGAAGAAGGGACUCGGAAGGGGAAGAAUGGCAGGAAGGGCAAGGGGAAGCAGAAGGCCAAGGCCUCCUCUCAUCGCUCGACGUCCGAGUCUGGGUCUGAGUCGGACAGUGAUGGGGGGGACCAAAGUCGAGAUGGUGACGACGACACCGAGGCAAGCAGUACAGAUGACGAGCAGGCCGUGGGAAUCACAGCGGUGAUGAGGUCCCAGUCCAGUCGGAAAAAAACGGAAGCUGCCACCACGUCGAAGACCAAGACACCCAAGGCAGCGACCACAUCGAGCACCCCUGCAGAGGCAUCCGCAUCGCCGUUGAACACCUCGGCGGCAGCAUCCGCAUUGACAGGAAAGACUGCCGCAGCAGCAUCUGUGACGCAGUCCAUAGCUGAAUCCGCAUUGAAGCCCAAGACGGCCACAACUGCAUCCGCGACCGUGCCCGAUUCUGGCGCGGCCAAACAAGUUGAAGACACGGCGGACCAACCUUCUGAUCACCAGGUGGAGUCUGCUAGUCAGGCAGUGCACCCCAAGCGGAAGGCGGCAAUCGUUGCAGGGACCAGAUGGGAGAAGCGAGCCCGAAUCGAUCAGUCCACACUGGGCAGAAAGCGCAAGGCCGAAGAACCAGUGUCCGCGGUGCCGCCCGCCAAGAAGCCCAAGUCCAUCCGCCCGAAACGAGCAACGGCCAACAAACAAUUCAAGUCCGCUGAAACUGUUCUGAGCGAGGUUGAGGAAGCGGUUGAGGAGGCCAAAAACAUGGACAACGAGGACAACGCAAGCAACAAGGAGAAGGCGCAGGGCACGCAAAGCUCAGCGGCCAAAACCCAGGAUCAGGACAAAGAGCAAGCCGACAAUGCGGGCCCAGCUCCCCCGAAUUUGCGCCGUUCAGCCCGAGAGAGACACCCGCCGCCCUCCAAGCAAAUUGGCGGUGGGCCACAGGAUGCCGAGCCAAGGCCAUCAGACUCAUGGCCACCGGUCAAAGAGCAUGAAAUCUUCCCACUGACGAGGAAACAGUUGGAUUUCUUGAAGUCUUUGGAGAGCAAGCUCAAGACGACUAUUUAUGUGGUCCAGAAGUCACCCUCUGGUUGCCAGCACCUCUCUAGCAUCAGACUUGGGCAGAAAAUAGUGGGGUGGUGUUUCGGGUCUCUGGUUCAUCCUAGCCCGCAGUACCUGCUCUUCAGUGAUUCACACAGGGAGGAGGCUGCGCAGCCGGUGCCUUCAGGCUCACGGAGCAAUUCACAACCAGCUUUGUCGAGCCAGUAUCACGCUGCAAAGCUUUCAUAAAUCGCGCGAGUUUUUUCAAAACCUGGAAAAUUCUGAUAAAAGACAUGCUUAGGAGUAAUAAGCGAAGAGUGAUCAGGGAGACAUCUGUCCAAUCUCGAACACUGAAGGCCAUAUGAGCAGAUUAUCGGGAGGAAGCUUCAAGAAACGCACCUGCGUGUCCACCACUCUCUGCUGCAGUAGGUCGGGUAGAGGGCCUCUUAAGUAAGGCAUGCCGCGUGCUUGUCAAGCCCCAUGGUCGGGUCUCCGGACAUCAUGCGUUGCAGCCUCCUCAAGAGCCCCCCGAGUAGAAGCCCAUGGAUGGUGAAAGGAUGGUCGCGUUGGAGGGGCGCUGGCGCUGAAGGGGCGGUGGGGGGGAAGGGGCAGUCGUGCUGGAAGAGUGGCGGAAGGGCAGCCGCGCUGAAGGGGCGGUGGAAAGGGACCCGCCAUCCUGGGAGUUGGAAAGGGACCCGCCGUCCUGGGAGUUGGCUCAUGUCGGGUGUGUCGAGUUGACUGAAAGGAUGUGGCCUCGCCUCCAGGAGUCGACUGAAGGGAUGUGGCCUCGCCUCCAGGAUUGGGAGACGAUAGGGGUAGGGGCAGCUCCUCGAAAGAGCAGCAUUGCCGCCCGCAGACUGGUGACGCGACCAGCCAAACGACGGGUGACGUGGGAGCGUGACAACGCGCUGGAGCCCGAGUUGGCGCGGGCGGAGUCUCAAAUCGACGGUGACGAGGCACAGCCCCCGUCCUCCGAUCGCGGACGUGUCACCCGAAUGAGAUUAAGAACAAGGAACAGCAGCAAGCAACGAAAAAAAGGAAUGAACAAGCGUGCUUAUUUGGGCGGUGGGCCGCAUUGAGGUUUAGCAUCGCGAGCAGAUACAAUUGAGCGGCUAUUUUCGCCGUAGAACAUGGGCGAUUCAUCGAGAGUGAUGAUCCCACCCAGGAGCUGGUCAAUCCAGUGUAUCCUCCCAUUCGUCGCUCAAGUCGUGCCUGGGACGAUUCAUCUGUGAUUGCACUAUACCUGCGCGUUGGGUCUACCUUACCGGCGUCGAAUUUAACAUCAGCGCGUGGAACCAAGGACGGGCGUCAAUUCUACGCUCAGGACCUCGGUCCUGGAAACCUCGAGAUGCUGUCCCGCUUCUUCGCCAAGUAUCCCGAUUACGCCGACAAGACCUUCCUCUCGGUGAAAGGUGCCGCUGGGAUGCAAGGCCCCAACUGCUCGUGGGUAUCCAGCGUAUCGGCUUCAAAGAGUCUGCUCAGUGACAAUUUUUGCAGCGAGGAGAAUCUGCGCGCCGAGAUGGACAAGAUCGCGCGCGCGCUCGGGCCCAUCAAGAAGAUGGAUCUCUUUGAACCCGCUCGCGUCGAAACCCACCGUCCGAUCGAAGAGACCAUGAAGAUCUUGGCUAUGCUCGU